GUCAGUUAUCAUACCAUUCUGCAACAUGCGCUCCGUGCGGGUGUUCGUUGAGCAGCCCCUGAACUCGACUAUCUACCGCACUGCCGAGAUCAUGCAGGCGUUUUGCCUGGUGAACGCUCGGAGGUUCGUGACCAACCUCGGGGCCUUCGGAGCGGCCACCGUGAAACCUAUCGAAGUAUGGUGCACGUUUUCACCCUCGCAAUUUGGCCCGCUCGUGCGCGCCAGGCCCCUUGCUUUUCAGCGCCUCGGCCCAGGGUACAAAGAACUCUGCGUGCCCAUUCCCCGCAAGAAGCCCAGCGGGAAGAGGGUCUCUGUUGUUCGCAAGAAGCCAUGCGGCUCCUUGAGUAAGAAGCCAAGCGGCCCCUUGAGUAAGAAGGCCACGGGCCAUAAUUCGUACGGCUGGUCCAAGACGGGGUGGGUUUCGGGGACUGUCCAGAAUGGGACCCGCCAGAAAGCUUCCUCGGCGUACCCCGUGGAGUUUGCAGAGGCUGUCGCCUCCGUGGUAAUGAAAGCAUUGCCGCGGGACGAGGUUGAGGCCACGCGCCUCUGA